UAUGUUACGGCCAUCGCAAGAUCCAGAAGACAAGCAACCAGACCAGCACGGUUCCCCAGAACUCCAGGUAUCCAAGGACUGACCACUGCCUUGCCAAUUGGCAAGAAUCCGCGCCAUGCGACCAACAUCAUGCCUGCGCCUGUUCGCCGGGCUCCGGAUCUCUGAACCGUCCCUGCACCUCCGCCCGUCCUCAAUCCGACCGCUCGCACUCCCUCAAACCACGCCGAAACGGACCUUCUCCCAUUCCCCCGUAUCGCACACGACCUACAACCAGGUCCUCCGCGGCUGCCGUGUCGCCCAGCGCGCGCGACAGAAGCGCUCUCCGGCCCUGACCAAUCGGCCGGAGAUGAAGGGCGUCUGCCUACGGGUCACCACGACGAAGCCGAAGAAGCCCAAUUCGGGGGACAAGAAGAUUGCGAGGGUGCGGUUGAGCACGGGAAAGGAGAUUACGGCGUAUAUUCCAGGGGAAGGACAUAAUAUCCAGCAGCAUUCGGUGGUGUUGGUGAGAGGUGGGCGGGCGCAGGAUAUACCCGGUGUCAGGUAUAAGCUGGUUCGGGGCGCCUUUGACCUGGGCGGUGUUGGAAACCGGCGGGGGGCACGAUCGAAAUUCGGAACAAAGAAGCCCAAGACAGUAUGAUGUACCUGUGCAUGUAUAGUAGUCUUCGAGAGCAUUUGCGUGGCGUUUACGGAGGAUGGAAAGCACGGGAGGUUUGACGAAACCUUGUACAAUCAAUGACGACUUUUAGCUCUAUAUAGCGUCUCUACCGGAUGGAUAUAUGAGCUCAAAUACUGUAGAAGUAACACCAUUUGAUCGCCUCCAAACAUAGAUAGAAUUUAGUGUUUAUAGUCAGUCU